AUGAGCAAAAAGGACACUUACAACAUGUUCGAGAUGGAUGGAGAGAAGGAGAAGGGGAAGAAGAAGAACAAGAAGAUGGCAAAGAAGGAGAAGCUGGAGGGCAUGAAGAAAGAGAUGGAUAUAGAUGACCAUGAAAUAACCAUAGAAGAACUUGAAAUGAGGUACAACACCAGCGUUACCAAGGGUCUGACCACCACCUUCGCCGAGCAGGUCUUAGAAAGAGAUGGUCCUAAUGAACUGAAGCCCCCCAAAGGAACUCCAGAAUACAUCAAGUUUGCCAGGCAGCUGGCGGGGGGGCUGCAGUGCCUGAUGUGGGUCGCUGCCGCCAUCUGCUUCAUUGCCUUUGGAAUUGAAUUAGGGAGAGGGAACCUCACCAGCUUUGACGAUCUGUACCUGGCCAUCACUCUGAUUGCUGUCGUUGUGGUGACUGGCUGCUUUGGUUACUACCAAGAGUUUAAGAGUACCAACAUCAUUGCCAGUUUCAAAAACCUUGUGCCACAGCAAGCCCUGGUGAUCCGUGAUGGCAAGAAGAACCAGAUAAAUGCCAACCAGUUGGUGGUUGGAGACCUAGUGGAGAUCAAAGGAGGAGACAGAGUCCCCGCCGAUAUCCGCGUCAUCACUGCUCAGGGAUGCAAGGUUGAUAACUCAUCUCUGACAGGGGAGUCAGAGCCACAGACCAGAAAUUCAGAUUGUACUCAUGAGAAUCCUUUGGAGACCAGGAACAUUGCUUUCUUCUCUACCACUUGUCUGGAAGGUGUGGCUACUGGUGUGAUCAUCAGCACGGGAGACCGCACCAUCAUCGGUCGUAUUGCUAGCUUGGCCAGCGGUGUCGGCAACGAGAAGACUCCCAUCGCCAUAGAGAUCGAGCAUUUCGUUGACAUCAUUGCCGGUUUGGCCAUCUUCUUCGGCUUCACCUUCUUCGUGGUGGCCAUGUUUAUCGGAUACGCCUUCCUGGAAGCCAUGAUCUUCUUCAUGGCUAUCGUGGUGGCGUACGUGCCAGAGGGGCUGCUUGCCACCGUUACUGUUUGUCUCUCUCUGACCGCUAAACGUCUCGCCAGGAAGAACUGCGUUGUGAAGAAUUUGGAGGCUGUAGAGACGCUAGGUUCGACCUCAGUGAUCUGCUCAGAUAAAACUGGCACUCUGACCCAGAACAGGAUGACUGUCGCUCACCUUUGGUUCGACAACCACAUCCACGCUGCUGAUACGACUGAGGACCAAUCUGGCCAGAGUUUUGACCAGUCAUCGGAGACGUGGCGUUCCCUGAGCAGGAUAGCUGGCCUCUGCAACAGAGCCAUAUUCAAACCGGAUCAAGAGGGAAUACCCAUUCCUAAGAGGAUGGUGGUUGGAGACGCAUCCGAGACGGCUCUGCUGAAGUUCACGGAGCUCACCAUAGGCAACAUCAUGGACUACCGUGACCGCUUCAACAAAGUGGUGGAGGUACCCUUUAACUCCACCAACAAGUUCCAGUUGUCCAUCCAUGAGCUGGAGGACCCCUUGGACCUGCGCUACCUCUUGGUGAUGAAGGGAGCGCCAGAGCGAAUCUUGGAGCGAUGCUCCACCAUCCUCGUGAAAGGCCAGGAGAUUCCCCUUGACGAACAGUGGAAAGAUUCUUUUCAGACUGCAUACAUGGACCUGGGAGGACUCGGCGAGAGAGUCCUGGGCUUCUGUCAUCUCUACUUGAACGAGAAAGAGUUCCCUCGUGGAUAUCGUUUCGAGUCUGACGAUAUGAAUUUCCCCACCUCGGGACUGUGCUUCGCGGGUUUAAUUUCCAUGAUCGACCCUCCCAGAGCCACCGUGCCUGAUGCAGUGAUGAAGUGUCGAACGGCUGGAAUUAGGGUCAUCAUGGUGACAGGAGAUCAUCCAAUCACAGCUAAGGCGAUCGCCGCCAACGUCGGCAUCAUCUCAGAGGGCAGUGAGACGGUGGAAGACAUCGCUACCAGGAAACGCAUACCCGUGGAACAGGUCAACAAGAGGGAUGCCCGCGCAUGUGUCAUCAAUGGGGGCCAGCUGAAGGACAUGUCGAGUGAGGAAUUGGACGAGGCGCUACGGAACCAUCCAGAGAUGGUUUUCGCCAGAACAUCUCCUCAGCAGAAACUAAUUAUAGUGGAGAGCUGUCAACGUCUGGGCUCUAUCGUUGCGGUGACAGGCGACGGUGUGAACGACUCACCUGCACUUAAGAAGGCCGACAUCGGCAUCGCCAUGGGGAUCGCCGGGUCAGAUGCUGCCAAGAACGCUGCAGACAUGAUCCUGCUGGAUGACAACUUUGCCUCUAUUGUCACGGGAGUGGAGCAGGGCCGUCUCAUCUUUGACAACCUGAAGAAGUCUAUUGCCUACACGCUAACCAAGAACAUCCCAGAGCUCACGCCGUACCUCAUCUACAUCACUGUCAGCGUGCCUCUUCCUCUGGGCUGCAUCACCAUUCUCUUCAUCGAGCUGGCAACUGACAUAUACCCCUCUGUGUCGCUGGCCUACGAGAAAGCGGAGAGUGACAUCAUGCACCUGAAGCCAAGGAACCCUCGACGUGACAGGCUGGUGAACGAGGCGCUCGCCGCCUACUCGUACUUCCAGAUUGGAGCCAUUCAGUCCUUCGCAGGGUUUACAGACUACUUUACAGCCAUGGCCCAGGAAGGCUGGUUUCCACUGUUGUGCGUGGGGCUGCGUUCUCAGUGGGAGGACGUCCAUCUGCAAGACUUGCAGGACAGCUAUGGACAGGAAUGGACCUUCAGGCAGAGGCUGUACCAGGAGUACACGUGUUACACCGUGUUCUUCGUCAGCAUAGAGAUCUGUCAGAUCUCGGACGUGCUGAUCAGGAAGACUCGACGUCUCUCCGUCUUCCAGCAGGGCUUCUUCAGAAACCGCGUCCUGCUGACGGCUAUCGUCUUCCAGCUGUGUUUGGGUAAUCUGCUCUGCUACUGUCCCGGAAUGCCCAACAUCUUCAACUUCAUGCCGAUCAGGGUCCAGUGGUGGUUUGUCCCACUUCCAUAUGGAAUUCUCAUCUUUGUCUAUGACGAGAUCAGGAAGUUGGGAGUCAGGAGGCAUCCAGGAAGUUGGUGGGAUCAGGAAUUGUACUACUGA